AACUGAACCGAGAAAAGGAACAACAGUGCCGCAGUUAUACUUACUCCGUUGUUAAGCCUAUGCUAGAUUACUUGGGUCAAGUGAGCGAAGAGCUACAAGAAAACAAAUCAAAAGAUGAAAUCAUAAAGGAUUUAAGAGAAAAGUUAGUUCAACAAGAAAUGAAUGAGGCAUUGAUAAAUGAAUUGCGAUCUCAAAUCGAUUUCCAAAAGAGAAUAGAUAGUCUAACUAAGAGCAAUAAGAAAUGCAAGACCGAAUUAGCGAGAAAAUCCGCGGAGUUAGAUAGAUUAAAUGUUGAAAUGAAAAAACUAAAUUCUAGCCUUGUUGAGAAGUAUGAAGAAAUUAUUGAAUUGAAGAAAUUUAAGCUUAAAAUUCUUAAAAAAUAUGAAGAUUGUCAAGUUGAGAAAAUCAACCAAAAUAAAAUAUUUCUUACAAAGGGUAAAAGUAUUUCGAGAUAUAAUGCAAAGAUCCGAAAUGUAACAAAAUAUAAAAAAACAGUUGAGUUGCAAUUCAAGGAGAGUCAAGCAAAGUUGCUAAAUAUAGAAAAAGAUAACCAGUUAUGUGAAGCGGAAAAUGAUAAAUUAAAUAGAGAAUUGCACAAUAAUAUUCCAUUAGAUUGUUCUCCUUUUGAAAGUAAUCCUGGCAUUCAUGCGAUUAACAUUCCUUGUUUUGGUUUAUCCGAUGUUCUAUGUAGCAAUAUCUCGAGAGUUGAAGGUAGUUGGUUAGUCAUUCGACAUCAAGUUUUUGGUGGAGAGGAGAAUUUUAAUAGAGAUUGGGCUACCUAUCGCGAGGGAUUCGGCUCCUUGGAUAGCGAAUUUUUCCUUGGACUGCCGAAAAUCCAUCGUAUGACGAGUUCUCGACGGCACGAGCUUUAUGUGUAUUUGAUUGCCAAAGAUGGCAGCAUUUACACCGCUCGUUAUGACGAUUUUCAAAUAUCUGAUGAAAACAGUGGAUACGCGUUGAAAUUGGGUAAACUCUUUAAAGCGUACUCUAAAGGCGACAUUAAACUAUAUGAAGACAUGAAAUUUUCAACAUACGAUCGAGACAAUGACAAGCAUAAAGAUAAUUGUGCUUCUUUAAACAAAUUUGGCUGGUGGUACAAGGAUUGCGCUACUUGUGAACGAACUGGACUCCCUUCUAAUUUAAUAUGCGGCGUCCAUGUUAAAGAACUUACUAUGAUGAUACGCCCAAUAUAGUGAAUAUAUAAUUAUAGAUAACUAUAAAAUCGAAAUUGAAAAUCUGUUAUAUAUAUAUUAUAUAAAAUGCUGUGAGU